AUGGGUCUUCUGCGAUCAGAGAAGAUGGGUUAUUACAACCUCAUCAUGCAAGCAGACAUGGGUUGGAGAAUCCUCAAUCAGCUCGGAAAACUUUCAGUCCUCCAAUUCGUUGACUUAAAUGCUGACCAAACAGUCUUCAAUCGUCGCUAUGCAUCAUAUAUCCGUAGGUGUGAAGAAGCUGAAAGGAGAAUUCGCUUCCUGAUGCAAGAGCAAGAAAGAUUCAAAAUCCAGAUCACUCCAGCCAAAGACAUCAAGCUAGUAUUAGACCAAAUUGACGAAGAACUUGACUCAUCAAAUACACCAGCACAAACUUACUUUGAAACAUUGGAGGCUGACUUAGAGUCCUAUGAAAAAAACUUAGGGAUUCAGCUUAAAAACUACGAAGAUUUCCAGACCAGCUGCAAUGGUCUUAUUGAAAAAAGACUGGUCUUGAAGCAUGCAAAAGAAACUUUUGGAGAAGGAGGAAUGGGAUUUUCAAUGUUCAAAAGACUUGCAGGGAUUAUUGAUAAAGAAGAUAUGGUGAGAUUUAAGAGAAUGGUUUUUAGGGUCACCAGAGGAAAUGCGUUGACUAUUUUUCAUGACAUUGAAGAACCAUUGAAAGAUCCAAAAACUGAUGAGCCGCUUGAAAAAUCAGUGUUCUUCAUUCUUUAUCAAGGAGAUGAGCAAUCAAUCAUCAGCAAUAAGCUUGCAAGGAUCUGCGAUACAAUUGGCAUAAGACGUUAUGACGUCCCAAGUGACCAAGAACAGCUUGCCACAGAUUUCAGACAAAAUGAAGACGAAAUCAACACAAACAACGAAGUCGCACAGAGAACUAAAGAAAACAUUAUGGGACUCCUUCAGAAAUUAGCCUCAACCAAGCACUCUGAAAACCCAUGCUCACUUAUUGAAGAACAAAGACUGUUUAUCAUCAAAGAAAAAGCAAUUUACCACAACCUCAACAUGUUUACCAUCCAGAACAACAUUUUCUAUGGAAAUUGUUGGUGUCCAAAGUCCCAAGAACAAAGUGUGAUUGGCAUAUUAAACGAAUUUGCAAGACAGCCAGGGUUCGCAAGUGGCCAACUUAGAGAAGUUGAAGGAGGCUUCCCAGAAGACCAAAUCCCUCCUACCUACUUCAAGCUUAACGAUUUUACAAUUCCAUUCCAAGAAAUCGUUGAUACUUAUGGUGUUCCUGUCUAUCAAGAAGCUAAUCCAGCUCUCUUUACUUGUGUCACGUUCCCAUUCCUCUUUGGAAUUAUGUUCGGCGAUGUGGGUCACGGCUCUCUUUUGACUUUAUUCGCUCUUUACCUUAUUUUCCAAAGACGCCAGAUUGAAAGCUCAGGAAGCAUGUUUAAAGCAGCAGUCCCAAUCAGAUACUUAUUACUUAUGAUGGGGCUUUGUGCUAUCUACUGUGGACUGAUUUAUAAUGACUUCUUAGGGAUUCCAUUUGAUUUCUUCGGAACAAGAUGGUCGAAGAAAGAUGGAGACGAACAAUAUACCAAGGACUCAGUUUACCCAUUCGGUAUGGACCCUGUCUGGUACAGAGCUGACAACGAGCUUGUGUUCUUCAACAGCUUCAAAAUGAAAAUUUCAGUCGUUUUCGGCGUCACACAGAUGAUUUGUGGAAACUUCUUCAAAGGAGUAAACUCAAUUCACUUCAAAAACCCUAUAAACUUUAUUUUCGAGUUUAUUCCUCAGCUUCUCUUCAUGGUCUGUUUCUUCGGCUACAUGAUUUUAAUGGUUUUCAUCAAAUGGUGCACUGAAUGGCACUACAACUGGAAUGAUAACGCACCUAACCUUAUCACGAUUUUGAUGAAUAUGGCUUUAAAGAUGGGGUCUUUAGGCGACUCAAAGCCUCUUUAUGGAGAUGAUGGAGCUCAAGAAAGCAUCCAGCUUAUUCUUUUACUGAUAGCUGUCAUAUGUGUUCCUAUUAUGCUCAUCCCUAAGCCUUUCAUUCUUAAAUGGCAGCAUGAAAAAGCAGCUCAAGCAGGACAUGGAGGAGCUCAGCAAGUCGGAUACCAGCAUUUUGAAGACGAAGAAGGGUCACAAGCUCCUAAACCUGGCACAGGACACAAGGAAUUUGACUUCGGCGAAGAAUUUAUCCAUCAGAUGAUCGAAACUAUUGAGUACGUAUUAGGAGCUGUCAGUAACACUGCUUCGUAUCUCAGAUUGUGGGCUCUGUCCCUUGCACAUGGACAACUUUCUAACUCCCCCCCCCCCCUCCGUGAGCGAACAAAAAAAUUUUGUUCGCUCACGGAGGGGGGUUAAUUUUUUUUUUUUUAAAAAAAAUUUAUAUAUAAAUUUUAUAAAAAAUAUUUUUUUCGAAAUUAAAAAAAUCCUAAUUUGCAAAAAUUGGGAAGCAAAUAUUAAUUUAAUUUGCAAAAUUUAUGUUUUAAAACGCAAUUUGUUUAAAAUUAAACAGAAUUAGCUCUAGAUUUCAUUAUACUAAUUAUCACUUAUAUAUCAAAAUUUUUUUCCAUUAAAAUUUUUUCUAUUAAAAAAAUUUUUGUCCACUCACGGAUGGUGGGUUUUUGGUCAAAAAAUGGCGAUUUUUCUAAUGGUUUUGUUCGCUCACGGGGGGGGGGGGGGAGUAAGGUCUUCUUUGAUAAAUGUUUGGCAGGGACAAUUGAGACAUCAAACCCUGUCUUGGUUGUUGUAGGGUUCUUUGUGUUUGCGAAUGUGACUGUAGGAGUGCUGAUGUGUAUGGAUGCUAUGGAAUGUUUCUUGCAUGCACUGAGACUUCAUUGGGUCGAAUUCCAAAGCAAGUUCUAUAAAGGAGAAGGGAUUAAGUUUGCACCAUUCUCAUUCUUGAAGGUGAUCAAUGAUACUAAGAAAUAA